CUGAUGAAAUGUGAUGGUUUUCUUUCAGGAUUCCAUAUUUGGGAGUUGCUGUUUAACCAUGUUUGCCAGUCUGGAAUUACCUGAAGUCCUGUCGCACACCCCAAAAUACUGAAGUUGUGAAAAUUUGUUUUGAUCAACUGGAAUACUUCUCAAGUCACGUGCAGCACGAUUCUGCCAGGAACCCUCUGUUUGUCCUUGUGGAGGAACAGCUUGGACACUGCCAUGGCCACCACUGUCAGCCUCACACAGUUGGUCUCACAGAGCCCAACACUGGGUCACCAGCAUCACCUUGACGUCUGACAGGCUCCCAUUGUUGGAAACAAUGGUUUUGGAUGAUCUACCCAACUUAAAAGACACAUAUGCCUCCUUGUACUCCUCAGCUAUGGAAGACUUAGAGGUGGAUUUUGACUCAGGACUGGAGGAAGAUGAACUGAAACAGGAGGCUGCUCCUGGGGAUUCCACGAUCUUUGUAGCUUUUAAAGGAAAUAUAAGUGACAGAGACUUUGAGCAGAAGCUGGAUACCAUACUGAAGAAUGUGCCUAGCCUUUUACACAUGGAAUCCAACAAGUUGAAAGUGCAGAAGAUAGAGCCUUGGAACAGCGUUCGUGUCACCUUCAACAUCCCCCGGGAAGCUGCCGAGCGGCUGCGAAUCCUGGCCCAGAGCAACAACCAGCAGCUCCGAGACCUGGGCAUUCUCUCCGUUCAGAUUGAAGGGGAAGGUGCUAUCAACUUGGCUUUAGCCCAGAGCAGGAGCCAGGAUGUGCGGAUCAACGGGCCGCUGGGAGCGAGCACCGCCAUGCGCAUGGACACGGGAUUCCCCGUGCAGGGGGGGCAAGGUUUAAUAAGAAUGAGCAAUGCUGCAGCUGUUAUGAUGUCCCAGGGUGGAAAUGUGCCCUCCUCUAUGGUGGCAAGUGGUGCUAGUGCUGAGCUGCAGCCACGAACACCUCGGCCUUCCUCACAGCCAGAUGCAAUGGACCCACUCUUAUCUGGGCUAAAUAUACAGCAACAAAAUCAUCCAUCUGGAUCUUUAGCUCCCCAGCUGCAUUCAAUGCAGUCAGUUCCUGUAAACAGGCAGAUGAACUCAGCCAACUUUCAGCAGCUACAGCAGCAGCAGCAGUUGCAGAAUCGGCCUCCCCAGCCUCAUCAGCAGCCACAGCAGGGUCUCCGACCUUCCUUCACUUCACCAGCACAGGUUCCAGUUCCCCCUGGCUGGAACCAGCUUCCUUCUGGAGCACUUCAGCCUCCUCCAACCCAGGGAGCACUGGGUACAUUGACAGUGAACCAGGGUUGGAAAAAGGCCCCGUUGCCUGGACAGAUGCAGCAGCAGCUUCAAGCGAGACCAUCUCUAGCAACAGUACAAACUCCUACUCAUCCUCCACCUCCAUAUCCUUUUGGAAGCCAGCAAGCUUCCCAGGCUCACUCAAACUUUCCCCAGAUGAGCAAUCCUGGCCAGUUUACUGCUCCUCAAAUGAAAAGCCUUCAGGGAGGGCCCUCACGGGUUCCUACACCACUACAACAGCCCCACCUGACCAACAAGUCUCCUGCUUCUUCUCCCUCCUCCUUCCAGCAGGGCUCUCCUGCCUCGUCUCCAACCGUUAACCAGACGCAGCAGCAGCUGGGACCAAGGCCUCCCCAGAGCAGCACUCUUCCCCAGGGAUUCCAGCAGCCUGUCACUUCUCCUAGUCGUAAUCCUAUGGUGCAACAGGGGAAUUUACCCCCCAACUUCAUGGUGAUGCAGCAGCAAAACCAAGGUCCACAAGGUUUACACCCUGGUUUGGGAGGAAUGGCCAAGCGGCUCCCGCCGGGGUUCCCUGCAGGCCAGGCUAACCAGAACUUCCUGCAAGGCCAGGUGCCCUCCACAGCUCCAGGAGCAGCAGGCAACAGUGGAGCACCACAGCUGCAAACCAGCCAGAGCGUGCAGCACACAGGUGGCCAAGGAUCUGGACCUCCUCAAACUCAGCUGCAAGCAGCACAUGGCCCACCAAAUAUGAUGCAGAGCAAUCUAAUGGGACUCCAUGGAAAUAUGAACAACCAGCAGGCUGGUGCUAGUGGGGUGCCACAGGUUAACAUGGGCAGCAUGCAGGGACAGCCUCAGCAAGGACCACAGUCCCAGCUAAUGGGGAUGCAUCAGCAAAUCGUGUCCUCUCAAGGACAGAUGGUGAACAUUCAGGCUCAGGGAUCGCUGAACCCUCAAAACCAGAUGAUACUUUCUCGAACUCAGCUCAUGCCACAAGGCCAAAUGAUGGUGACACCUCAGAACCAAAAUCUUGGUCCCUCUCCCCAGAGGAUGACCCCACCCAAACAGAUGAUUCCCCAGCAGGGACAGCAGAUGAUGUCCACACACAAUCAGAUGAUGGGACCUCAGGGCCAGGUCAUGCUACAGCAAAACUCAAUGAUGGAACAGAUGAUGACCACUCAGAUGCAAGGAAAUAAACAGCCUUUUAAUACUCAAAAUCAGUCCAAUGUUAUGACGGGGCCAGCUCAACUGAUGAGAGGACCAACCCCAAAUAUGCAAGGAAACAUGGUGCAGUUCACUGGGCAGAUGAUGGCACAGCAAGGCCCUGUGAAUGGGAAUCCUUCUCAGGUGAUGGGAAUGCAAGGGCAAGUUUUAAGACCCACUGGACCUGGCCCUCACAUCUCUCAGCAACUUGGGGAUACUGCGACCACAACAAACAACGAUGGGAACUUGCCGCAGAUGUUACCUGAGGUUCCUGUGCAGCAGCCAAACAUGGUGCCUUCUCAUAUGCAAGGAAUGCAAGGAAAUAACAAUGCUUCAGGGAGUCAUUUCUCUGGCCAUGGGCUGCCUUUCAAUACAGGGUUUAGUGGAACUCCCAAUGGGAAUCAGGUUUCCUGUGGGCAGAACCCUGUGUUUCCUGUCAAUAAAGAUGUGACGCUCACAAGUCCGCUCUUGGUUAACCUUCUCCAGAGUGAUAUCUCAGCAGGGCACUUUGGUGUGAACAACAAACAGAAUAACCAGAAUGCCAACAAGCCAAAGAAGAAGAAGCCUCCAAGGAAGAAGAAAAAUAAUCAACAGCUAGAACAAACAACUUCUUCAGAAUCACGUCCAGCUGGCCUGGAGGAGAGUGAUCAGUCGUCGAUGUCUGGAGACCAAGGAAUGAAUUUAGAUAAGUCAGGCCCUAAACUCUCAGACUUUGCAAGUAGGCCACCAGCAUCCUCUCAACAUUUAACACAGAAAAAAAGUUCAGUUGCAACAUCAGAAAGUACUGUUCAAAGAACAGAACUUGAGACAAAUGCUGCAGUAGUUGCUGGUCAAAGUAAUGAGACAAAAGAGAAUUGUGAAAAGUCUAAAACUCCAAGUAGAAGAAAUUCAAGAACAGAGGAUUCUGCCACUUCACAGGAAACUGUAGAGAACGGGCAGCGCAAGAGAUCGUCGCGACCCGCGUCCACGUCCAGCACAGCUAAAGAAACGAGUGCCAGUGCAAUGCAGUCAAAAAGAAGAAAAUCCAAGUAAAUUACUGCAUGGAAACAUGAGACUUGUAAAUGAGUGUGAAUUUACCAAUAGCAAUUUUGAGCUGUGAUUUUUCUUUUUUAAAUAAAAUUCUGUACAGUAAGUCAUUUUAAUAUUAUACUGUUCCCAAUAAAUGAUUUUUUUUUCUAAAAAACAGAUAAAUAGAUAUAAAAACUGGGUUCUUCUAAAACCCCCUGGAUUUGCAAAGUGAAGUCAGGGUUAGCACAUUAGGGUAAUGUGUUUGUAUGAAAUGGAAGGGGAGGGGAAGACAAUUGUAAAUUUAUUUGUUUCCACUUUUCAUAAACAAUUUAGAAUACAGGGUUGUCAUUUUUAGGUAUUAAAAUAAUGUAAUGUGCUGUUGUUUAAGUACUGUAUGUGAAUAGCAGUCAGAGGGUUUAUAAACAAACCCCAUGUUGUUUGGAAAUGUAAAUAAUUUUAUUAUAUAGUAGAUCUGAUGUAUUUGUUGUAGAAAUGGACCAGUGAAACAAAAAAUAAAUUUAAGGGUUUGUAUAAUGUGGAAUCCUUCAUGCUCUAAAUAAAUGUUAUUGUCCUAUAAAUUGGGUUGAAUUAUUAUUAGCAACAACAGCAGUAUCAUUCCAAACAGGAGGAUUGGAGGGAUUAUUUAGAGCUCUGGGCCUGCAAGCUCCUUAUAUGUAGCUUCAGCAAGGAAUUUGUUUAACCACAAACAAAUGAACUGAUGCAGCUGUUCCUGCAAGGCAAGGGAGAGCAGGGAGGGCAGCCUGCUGGCCCUGGGGCUGUGCACAGAGAGGAGCCCCAGCAGCCUGGGGGCUGCCCAGCACUCCAGGGGUAAAGGCUCCUGCCAGCAGCCCUUGCUCUGGACAACUCUGCUGCCAUCAGCCCUGGCCUGGGAUGUGCUGCCAUGGAAGGUUGCUCAGGCUGCAGCUCCUGGGAGCUCUGUGCACACA